UUUGUGUUUUACAAAAUUUAUUUUCUCCUACCAGAAGGAGGAGGAUGAUGGUGGUGAUAUGGAUAGUUACCAGGAAGAAGAUUUAAAUUGUGUACGAGAAAGGUGGUCUGAGGCAUUGGGAAAACGCAGAGAAUACUUGGAUGAGCAGAUUAAAAAGAUCAGCAAUAAGCAAGAAAAAUCAGAGGACGAUUUGGAACGAGAAGCCCGGCUGGUUGAGCAGUGGGUAGGGCUGACAGAAGAGAGGAACGCGGUGUUUGUUCCAGCACCAGGCAGUGGCAUUCCCGGUGCCCCCGCAAAUUGGAUUCCCCCUGCAGGAAUGGAAACACAUAUACCUGUUCUCUUCCUUGAUUUGAAUGCUGAUGACCUCAGUGCCAAUGAACAACUUAUAGGUCCCCAUGCAUCAGGAGUUAACUCAAUACUACCAAAGGAGCAUGGGAGUCCAUUCUUUUAUCUGCCGAUCAUAAAACACAGUGAUGAUGAGGUAAAUUGUUAGCAAGCCUCCUUCUUGACAACUGCAGCUUAUGGUAACACUUUCUUGAUGUGUUUCAUUUUCUACUUGUAUGUAUUUAAUGACUAUUGUUCUUAUAUUUUUGUCUUAGAAGUACCAUCUGUAUCUAGUGCUGUCUUUAUUUUCUGGCCUAUUUAUUUGAAAUUUAAGAGGAUAAUGACUUGUUAGCCCUUCUGCCUUAAGUCAGAGGUGACAAGUGUUUGUUCUUCUUGGUAAAAGAGAAACUCAGCUGCUUGACUCAAAAUCCCUUCUUCUUUCCUCACUUCUUCAUCAUUCCUCUUGCAGGCUCUUGGUUCUUCAGAGAAAACUACUUCAUUUAUUGUGCACGCUAGGCAAAGCAUAGCAUUUAAAUAAAACUUUUUCCUUUGUAGUACACAAUCAGUUUUUAAAAUAUAAAGUUUGGGAAUUGUUGGAAUUGAAUGGUUCUGAACCUCUUUUGGAAUUUGUGAACUUAUUUAUUCCAUGUUCUGUGCCAACUCACGCCAUUGCUUAAGAGACCAUUUCCAGAAUAAAGGGGAUGCUGAAGUUGGAGGGGAGGCAGGGGGAAGGAAAAAGUUGUUCUGCAGGAUGGGAGCUUGUUUGUUCUCUAUAGGCCUUUAUAACCUAAUGCAAUACAGAUAGAUGAUUUGCCAUUGAAUUUGAUAAACUUUUAGUGCAGUUGCAAUAGGAUUUGUAUUCCUUCCUCCAGUCUUGCUUCUGCUUUCCUCUCUGCCUCCCUGGGAAGACUUCCUUCUGAUGCAGCAUUUGCACAAUGCAGGGAUUGUGCUUACAAUUGUGUUCCCCAAUAUCUUAACACCUCUUUUAUGCUGCUUCUGAUAAACUCCUCUCUGUGAAAUGGAGGUUUGACCCCAUUUUGUUCAAUGAUGCUUGUUUUCCUUUCAUUGAAGAUUUGCUUUACUUCAUGAUAAAUCACUGCAAAUUAUACCUUUUCUUAGAGUAAUCGAGUCUUUGAUUUCCCUUUCCUUCCUUGUCUGUGUAGGUUUCCGCCACUGCUGCUUGGGACUCUUCUGUCCAUGACUCAGUGCACCUGAACAGGGUGACUCCUCAAAAUGAGAGAAUUUACUUGAUAGUGAAGACUACUGUGCAGCUCAGCCAUCCUGCUGCCAUGGA